AUGUGGUGGUAUUACGCGGGCAUCGUCACAGCCAUAAUGAUGACGACGUAUAUGGCUGCCACACGUAGCAGAAAGAGGCAAGAGAAGGACGUGUUACCUUUAUUUAAUGACGUUGUCAAGACAGGUAACAUGGGGUUUCACGAGGGUGCCAACAUUCAGGUGAGGGUCAAGUAUUUCAAUAGUUCACACAUAAUUGGUCGAAUCGUCGGGGUUGACAAGGAACACGUACAUCCUGUUUGGCGGGUGAAUGACACGGUCGUGUUCCCCAUUGUAGACGUUCCCUUCCCAUCGCGUUCUGUCAUGUACCUGGACACGAAUGACGUCUUACUGAGAGUCGACGGCGGUAGCGUCAGCGACGAUGAUUUGGUGCAGUUUCUUGGUACGAUGAGUGGCGGGCGUUGGUUGGAGGCGCUGAACCACCACUGCAAACCGGGCCAGUUCGUGUUGUUUCCUCUCUUGAACAACGAGGAAGACUUGGUAGCCGUUCGCAUAGCCUCGUUGUGCGGCGCUAGGGCUGUGGCGAUGACAAACGAUUUUAGCGGGCUGGGUCCUCUCUUCCUGCGAUUGGGAGGAGAGAAGUUGUUUUCCCAGGGUGACGAUGAGGGUGUCUUGCAAUGGACACAGGGAGGCGUCCACGUCGUGUUGCAAGACAUUUCCCUGGUUCCUCACGUGUCCCUGAAGUGGCUGAGGAAACUGGGCAAGCUGGUGCUCUCCUUUAGCGAUCCCGGCAAAGUAAGACGAGACGGUGUUCAGCCCGUGUCCGAUGUGUUCCAACAGGUCACUGACUCGAUCUCCAUCAUCGGAGCACAUGACGCUUCCAGGAAAUCAUACAGACAACUCUUGCGGUUCUGCCAAACAGGCCAAUUGCAGUUCCCGAUAGACAGGAUACCCUUGCGCCAAUUCUUGCAGGGAUCCAGGACAUUACGCCCAUCUCAAGUGGUGGCUGUAUAA